AAUUUUAUGGUUUUUAAAUUUUAGAAAAGAGAAAACUGUUUAUAAAAAGCUAAUAAAACCAUUUGUAUAAAAACGGUUGCAAUUCGCAACAAUCAUUGACAGCACUUGUAUCAUGAAAAUGGACAAGGAAGUUGAACAUUCUUCAGUUUUUGAAAUCUCACAGCAAUCAGAAAGACGCAAGGGUGGUCUUAUCACCAUACCUUUCAUCAUUGCGAAUGAAGCACUUGCGAGAAUGGCUAGUUUGGGAUUAUUACCUAACAUGAUAACCUAUUUGAUGGGAAGUUACAGACUUCAUCUUGGAAAAGCUACUCAGAUUCUUCUCUUAUCUUCUGCUGCCAGUAAUUUCACACCUGUUGUUGGUGCUUUUAUAGCAGAUUCUUAUUUAGGUCGUUUCCUCGGCGUUGGAUUAGGUUCUGCUGUGACUUUUCUGGGAAUAACACUGCUGUGGUUAACAGCCAUGUUCCCACAAGCAAGGCCCCCUUCAUGUAACCAUCAAACUGGAGGCUGUAAAUCAGCAACAAAAGGUCAAAUGGCAGUGUUACUCUCCGCGUUCGGUCUAAUGUCGAUUGGAAAUGGUGGUCUUUCGUGUUCUUUAGCAUUUGGUGCUGACCAAGUGAAUAGAAAAGAUAAUCCAAAUAACCAUAGAGUUUUGGAAAUUUUCUUCAGUUGGUAUUAUGCUUUCACAACUUUUGCUGUCAUAAUUGCUCUCACUAUAAUUGUAUAUAUUCAAGAUCAUCUUGGAUGGAAGAUCGGUUUCGGUGUUCCCGCAGCACUCAUGCUUUUAUCUACUCUCUUAUUCUUUCUAGCUUCUCCUCUUUAUGUUAAGAUUACAAAAAGAACCACUUUGUUCACUGGUUUUGCUCAAGUAACUGUUGCUGCUUUUAAGAACAGAAAUUUUCAGUUACCUUCUCAGAACUCAGCUGAAUUUUACCAUCACAAUAAAGACUCAGAUCUUGUUGUUCCAACUGAUAGACUAAGGUUUAUGAAUAAAGCAUGUGUUAUUAAGGAUCAUGAGCAAGAUAUAGCAUCAGAUGGUUUCGCGAUAAAUCCAUGGAGUCUAUGCACAGUAGAUCAAGUAGAAGAACUAAAAGCCCUUGUUAGAGUUAUUCCGUUGUGGUCAACAGGGAUCAUGAUGUCCCUUAACAUUGGAGGAUCAUUUGGAUUGCUUCAAGCUAAAUCCUUAGACAGACAUAUCACCUCACACUUUGAAGUUCCAGCAGGAUCUUUUAGCGUUAUCUUGGUAGGUGCAAUAUUUAUAUGGAUUGUUUUGUAUGAUCGCGUUCUUAUUCCUCUAGCAUCAAAGAUAAAAGGGAAACCAGUGAGGAUAAGUCCAAAGACAAGAAUGGGAAUAGGGUUGUUUAUAUCUUUUCUUCAGUUGGUAACUGCGGCGACUUUUGAGAGUAUAAGGAGAAAGAAAGCAAUCAAAGAAGGAUACUUGAAUGAUCCUCAUGGAGUGUUGAAAAUGUCUGCAAUGUGGCUUGCGCCUCAACUUUGUUUGGGUGGUAUAGCGGAUGCAAUCAAUGCUAUAGGCCAAAAUGAAUUCUAUUACACAGAGUUUCCAAGGAGUAUGUCUAGUAUUGCCACUUCCCUCAGUGUAUUAGGAAUGGCCGUAGGAAACUUGUUAUCUUCUUUUGUAUUCAGCACUAUAGAAAACGUUACUUCAAGAGGAGGAAAACAAGGGUGGAUUAAUGAUAAUAUUAACAAGGGUCGUUUUGACAAGUACUAUUGGGUUAUAGUUGGACUUAGUGCUCUUAAUUUAAUGUAUUAUUUAGUAUGCAGUUGGGCUUAUGGACCUACUGUUGAUCAAGUAUCUAAGGCAACUCCUGAAGAAAAUGGCUCCAAGGAGGAAGAGUUAAAGAGUGAAAGUUCUUAAUUAAUAGGAAAUGACGUGAUUCAUCCUCAAAUUGGAUAGCCUUUUUCCUGUUUGUUUUGAUGGGUAUAUGAAUGAUUUGUGAUUUCGCAAAUGUACUAAAUAUGUUAUAUUGUGCUGAGUGCUAUUAUCUUAACUGUGGAAGAAAAUUAUUAAAGUUAGUAUUGGAUUUUAUA